AUGCCCUUAAUAAUAAUAACCGGCAUCCCCACAUCCGGCAAAACCCACCGCGCAAAACAACUCCACACCUACCUCCAAACCCGCAUCUCCUCCCUCCCAACUACCUCACCCUCCUCCUCCCUCCGCGUCCACCUAAUCUCAGACCACAUCCUCUCAAUCCCCCGCACAGUCUACAACCUCGAAUCCAAAGGGGACCACGAACGCUCCAACAACGCCUCCGAAAAAGAUGCGCGCGCGACUAUCUACGGCGCUGUGAAGCGCGUGUUGAGCGCGAAGGAUAUAGUGAUUCUAGAUGGGUUUAAUUAUAUAAAAGGGUGGCGGUACCAGCUUUACUGUGAGGCUAAGGCGUUGAGGACGCCGCAUUGUUUGUUACAGGUUGGGAUUCCGGUGGGGGAUGCGAGGGAGAUUAAUGAGAAGCGGUUGGCUGCUGGAGGGGAAGCGAGUGCGGAGGAAGGACCGUAUGAGAGGGAGUGUUGGGAGAAUCUGGUGUUUAGAUAUGAGGAACCGAAUGCGAUGACGAGAUGGGAUAGUCCGUUGUUCACGGUUGUUUGGGAAGACGAGUCGCCCCCUGGAGAAGCGAUUUGGGAUGAGAUUAUUGGGAGUGAGGGGGUCAAGAAAGCGGUUCGGCCGAAUGCUGCUACGGUUUUGAAGGCGCCGAGUAGUGAGGAUUACCUGUAUGAGUUGGAUAAGAGUACACAAGGGAUUGUGAAUCGGAUUUUGGAGUGGGCGAAAGAUCAUCCUGGGGAGGGAGGUGGUGUGGUGGAUGUUGGGGAGGGGAAGGAGGAGUUGGUUGUUGAGUUGCCGAAUAAUCCGAUCGGAUUACCCGCGCUACAGAGGAUAAGGAGACAAUUUAUAAGUCUGAAUAGGACGAAUGCUGUGCCGGUUAAGAGGAUCCGGGAGACUUUCGUCACAUAUUUGAAUGACUCUUUUGAGGCUUUGUAG